AUGACUCGGAUGAAGGAAGAUGAACCAGUCUCGGAAUAUCUUUUACAUCUGGUGUUGAUAACAAACCAGAUAAAGGUGUGUGGUGAAUUAAUCAACUAUUUGCAGAAUAUUGAGAAAGUGUUGAGAUCUCUGACUGCGAAUUUUGAUUAUAUUGUAGUGUCAAUUGAAGAGUCAAAGAACCUAGCUAAGAUGAAGUUAGAAGAAAUUCAAGCUUCAUUAGAGUAUCAUAAUAUGAGGUUUAAGCAGAGGAACUCAGAGAGGAAGAAGAUUGUUGAACGGGAAAUACAAGCAAGAUUCAUCAAGAAAACUGGGAAAGAAAAGGCGAAGCAGAGAAGGAAUCUUUCUAAUGAUGAUAAAUCAAGCAAGAACGCAAAUAAUCAAUAUGAUUCAAUCAAGAAAGACACGAGUAACAAGUAUUCUAGGAAGAACGUUGUCGUGAAGAAGUCGAACACUAAGGAAACCAACAUGUGGUACCUGGAUUCGGGAUGCAGUAACGACAUGACUGGUGCAGAUGAAUCAGAGAUAAGAAGAGUCAAGUUGAAGCUGAGGCAUGAGUCUGAAAAGUCUGACCUAUGGAAUCAAUCAUAUUUCUUAGGGAUAGAGUUCAAAGACACAAGUGAAGGAGUGUUCUUGAACCAAAAGAAGUAUUUUAAAGAUAUCUUAAAGAGGUUUAAGAUGAGAAAUUAUAAUUCAGUUGCUACGUCAUUAGAAACUGGAGCAAAGUUGAGAAAGGAGACAAAUGAUGAGUUUUUGAGUGUGACACUGUACAAACAAAUCAGUGGAUCAUUAAAGUAUAUUUUCAAUACCAGGCCAGACAUUUGUCAAAGUGUCAUAUUGUUGAGUAGAUUUAUAGAGAAGCCUCAAGAAUGUCAUCUAACAACAGUCAAGAGAGUGUUGAGAUACAUCAAAGCUACAAUUGAUCACGGUGUGCUGAUGCCGAAGAAAAAGAAGACCAACAUAAAUGCAUAA